AUGUCAUGGCAAGCAUACACUGAUAACUUGAUCGCCACCUCUUUUGUCGACAAGGCCGCUAUCUAUUCGGCUGCUGGUGAUUCAGUCUGGGCCGAAUCCAACGCCCUUGGUCUUUACUCGACCGAAAUCCAAGAAAUCGCCAAAGGUUUCCAAAGCCCAGAAAUCUUGCAAUCUAAAGGUCUCCAUGUCAAGGGUGAAAAGUACUUUUUGAUCAAAGCCGACGAACGUAGUAUUUACGGUAGACAAGAAAAGAGCGGUUUGAUUUGUGUCAAGACCAAGCAAGCCAUUUUGGUUGGCCAUUACCCAGAAGGGGUCCAACCAGGUGAUGCUACCAAGGUGGUUGAGCAAUUGGCCGAUUACUUGAUCAGUGUCAACUACUAA